CGGUUUUCUUAAAAGAAAGCCAUAGUGACACAAACUCUUGACAUGUCACGAAAGAAACUAGCGCCCUUUCCACCGAUCCCACCGAAGGACGCUCCUGGUGACACAUCCCACGCCACUGAGGUGCCGCAAACUGGUCCUUCACCAGCCGCCCGGCCUCCUUCACUGAUACCAGCACCAGCGCCAGCACCCGCACCUGCGUCGGUGCCGGUGCGGGUGCCGGUGCCUGUGCCAGUCCCUGUGCCGAUGCGGCCGCUGCAGCCAAAGCCAGUGCCAGCACUUCUCCCGGAGGAGGCCUGCCUUCUUGACCAUCGUCCUUUACCAGAACCAGUGGUGUAUGGCCCUGAUGGAGUCUGGAUGGAGGUGUCCUUUCUGAACCAAAACCGAAAGCAGUCAAGCUAUCGGACGACUGCAAAGUGUCCAGCCAAGCAGUGGAAGAGUGAUUUGAUUGGGCGUCCAAUCCUCGAAUCCACCGAGACGUUGCUGACACGUGCGAAGCUGGUUGGUCAUCCAAGGAAUGGGAUGCUAAAUCCACAAGGUGAUUUUGCGGUGCCCAAGCGAUGCUCUCACCCAGUACCAAAGAUUCUGCACUUCAUUUGGCUUUGCUCGCCGCUGACCGACGGGAGGGCAGAUCAUGUUCGGGGAUUUGCCAAGAACAACCCAGAUUUCCAGAUUUUCUAUUGGACUGAUUCGGAGAUUCCUGCGAGUGCUCGCAGCAUCCUGGAGACCGCCAGGAACACACUACCUAUCGAGGUGAAGGAUGCUUACUCUGAGGCACAAAGUUUUCAGUCAUGGGAAAUGAUCCAGUACCUGGACAAGUUUCACAAUGACAACAAGAAUCCAGGCAUUUGUGCCGUAAAGUCUCACUUCUUCAGAUUGGAGGCUCCUUUGAAGUAUGGUGGGAUUUACAUUGACAUGGACCAUGUCUCUUCUCGUGGCUUUGAUGAAGUUGGGGGCGAAUUGUGGCGAUGGCCUUUUGUAACCCACAAGGUUUGUGGUGCCAACAUCGGGAAUCACAUUUUCAGCGGCGACAAAGGCUCCUGGUUUCUGGAUUUCGCUGUGAAGGUGAUCAUCGAACGCUGCACAAAGCUGAGCUCCUGCAACGUCUUGGAAGGCACAGGGCCACCUCCCUUUUCGAUGAGCGCGUUGCGAUACAAUGCUUCUGACAUUGCAUUCAUUGGAUUGCAGUUCAUGGCAGAUACUGGGCUUGCAGUUCACAAGAACGAGCAUUCCUGGCGUUGAAUGGCAGACUCGAACAGAAAAGGGUUGCGGACUCGCGGCCACAGCAAG